CCUCCCACAGCUUAAUAGACCGUUUCCAUAACAACACCAAGCCAUACCAGACGACUGGUUCGGCUUAGUUCAAGGCUGGUAAACUGGGUCUACGUGCGACAUUCAGGUCAUUCAGAACCCAAAAAUAAGGAGAAGUGGGGAUGUCCGAUAAAGAAAAACAGCAAAGGAAAGAGAAGAGGGUAGUCAAGGUGCCUUCUAACGGGAGAGGCAAAGACACAACUGGCAGGACUAAGGACUCUAUAAGCACUGUGUCAUACAUUGAUGAACUGGGCCACCAUGAUGACAAUGCUCGCCUUGCUCCAACAAUGGAGAACACCUACCAGAUGGGACCUUACAAACGCUUCCCUGCCAACGCUGCCACAGACAUACUUAAAGACGUCCUUACCAGUUACCUCCAAGAGGAGAAAUAUGAAGUAGAGUGGUCUCAAAAAAUGACCAAAACAUUGUGCGAGGUAAUAAGAGCUCGCGUGAAGGAACUAAUGAUCCCCAGAUACAAAAUUGUCAUCCUGGUCCACAUCGGCCAGCUCACCGGGCAAUGCAUGCAGAUCAGCAGCCGCUGUCUCUGGGACACGUCUAAUGACACUUUCGCCUCGCACUUCUUCAAGAACAGUUCUCUGUUUGGCGUGGCGAGUGUUUACGCUGUUUACUUUGAGUGAAUUCUCUCUUUCUGUGCUCUGUUUUUGAGUAGUUGUAAAGAAAUUUAAAACAAA